UAAAAUCCCGGGGAAAACACGAAAUUCUCACACACACACUCUCUCUCUCUCUCGUAGUGAGGAGAGGCGAGGAGGAAGCCGAGGCUGCGAUUCCAGUACUUCGCACGCACCAACUGCUGCUGCUCGCCUCCAACACCAGAUUUUGUUUCCCAUUCCAGGUCCUAUACCUCGUGCUUCCUUACAAGGGUAACUGUUAAUCUUCAGCUAGAACGAUCAGGGUCGGCUGGGACGCCCGAGGCUGACCCAGCACAAGGAAUGGAGGAGACAGCUGUCGCAAAUGGAGGAGCAGCUGCAGAUGUUGCUGCUCCUGAGAAGAAGGAUAUGGCCACUAAGGAAGUGGCUGCUGAGAGCAAGGAUGCUGCAGUAGCAGAUAAGAAUGCUGAAGAACAGAAUAAAGGCUUGGAAAAUGGCACCGAGGGCCCUUCAGAUGGUGAUGUACAGAUGGAAGAGGUUGAGAGUGCAAAGGAAGGUGAUGGUGAUGCAGGUGUGGCAAAACAGGCAGAUUCCAAAGAUAUCAAAAUGGAUGCAGAUGCAAAGGAAGAUAACAGUGCCAAGGCAGCAGAAGGGGAGGCUGUCAAGAUGACUGAGGCUGAGGCUGGAAAUACAAAGGUCAAAGAUAAGCAGGAUGAAUUGAAAGAGCAAGAAAAAGGUGGUUUGGCAGAUCAGGAGGAAAACAAAGGAAAAGAAACAGUUGCUGCUGAGAAACAAGAGGAAGCAGAAGAAAAGGGCUCUGCUGAAAAGAAAGAGAAAGAUGCAGCUGACAAGGUGGAAGAGAAUAAGGAGACUCCUAAGAACAAGAAAGCGAGGAGUGCUAGGGAUAGAAGCCAGGGAAAGGAUAAGAAACAGGAUGGGUCCAAAUCUAGGGAAGCCAAAAGUUUAUUAAACACGCCGAGCCCAUAUGGUACUGAUCGCCCUCAACGUGAGAGGAAAACAGUGGAGAGGUUGGUUGAGGUGAUUGAGAAGGAGCCAAACAAGAACUUUGUAGUUGAGAAGGGUCGUGGGACUCCUUUGAAGGAUAUACCAAGUGUUGCACACAGAAUAUCAAGGAAAAAACCUGUUGAUCUUAAAUUUCUUCACAAUGUUCUUUUUGGGAGGAAAGGCAAGACUUUAGAUUUUAAAGGACAUAUACUCCAGUUCUCUGGAUUUGUUUGGCAUGGGAGUGAUGAAAAGCUGAGAGCCAAGGCAAAGGAGAAGCUUGACAAAUGUGUGAAAGACAUGCUGUUGGACCUCUGUUGGCUCCUUGCUAUUCCGGUUCCAAAACCAAACAUUAGAAAGGAAGAUAUUGUGUCAAAGCUCUUGGACUUCAUUGCUGAACCUCACGGUGAUUCUGGGCUCUCUGAUGAUCAGGGAUCGAAUUCUAGAAAGCGCAAGAGAGGAGGUGGAAGUGCAAGUAAGGCUCCUGACAGCACGCCUAAUAGGUCUAGGAAGAAAUUUGGUGAUGAUACUACUUCAGGUAAAAAUCGGAAGAAAGCUCUAAUGUAUGAUACUGAUGAAGAUGAGGAUGAGGAUGAAUCCAUAAAAUCUGAUAGUGAGGAAAACAAAGCUGAAGAUGCAGAUGGUGAACAGGAAAAUGACUAUGAUUCUGGGAAAGAAAAGGCGAGUAGGAAGUCCUCAGAAGUAAAAGAAUCAUCAGGCAAAAAGAAGAUAGACACAGGGAGUGGCCACAAGACAAGCCCUCCAAGGACAAUUAGCAAGAGUCCAGUCAAAAAAUCAUCGUCCAAGAUUUCUAAGGAAAAGGAAAGCCCUGAUGACAGUGCAAAGGUCUUUUCUAGGAAGAGAAAACCCACACCAAAGAGUGCUCUAAUCUCGGAAAAGGAGACCAAAGAAAAAAGAUCAUCAGGGCUUACAAUAAAAUACCGAGGAAUGUCAUGUGGUGAGCCUUGGAGAAACACAAAGUCCCAACAAAGUAAAAAGGUGACAAAGAGUAAAUGGGAAUCAGCAGAAGCAGAUCUUCCCAGCAAGGACGAACUGAGGAAGACCAUUACUGGAAUCCUCAAAAAAGUUGACUUCAACACGGCAACUUUCAGUGACAUUCUUAAGAAGCUUGACAACCACUACAAGAUGGAUUUGACCCCCAAAAAAGAAGCUAUCAAAAUUAUGAUCCAAGACGAGCUAACCAAGUUAUCAGAGGAGGCAAAUGAGGAUGAAGAUGAGAAGGAAGAUGCUGAGAAGAAACAAAAACAGCAUCAAGCGAAGGAGGUCGAAGCAUGAGGACUCAGGAUACCCUUUAGAUGUAGCACCCACUGUUAAUUAUCAUUUACUUACAUGUAUGCCUCUCUAGCCUGUAUAGGCGUCCUAUGUUAAUUAUCACCGCCAACUUGAGAACCUUACUUGAUUGUGUAUGUUGAGACAUGAUCUGUAGGCAGCCACACCUCUAGCUGACUGAUCGGAGGUACUCCUAGACAACUUCUGUAAUUCAGUUUCUGGAUUUGCAAAUGGCGUUUGAAACUCUUCGUUGGUUGUGGCAGAGCAUGUAAUGAAUGGAUAGUUUGCCAUAGGUUUGAAUAACACACAGACGGACAGACGUAUUAGGCUGUAAUUGUUUACUUUAGAUGCUGUGAGUUUUUAUUUUUCUC